GCGAGCGCGUCUCUGUGGUGUGUAGAGUGUGUGGCCUUUCUGCAAACCUGGUUCAAAUAUGGCGAAGCCUGCCCAGUUACUAACUAUUGAACCGGCGAACGAGCUCAAAUUCCAGGGCCCGUUCCGGACUGCUGUUGCGUCGUACAUGCGGCUCACCAAUCCGACCGACCAUGAUAUCUAUUUCAAAAUCAAAACAACCGCACCGAAGAAGUACUGCGUGCGGCCCAACUGUGGCUUACUGGAACCCCGCGAAUCACAGGAGAUAGCCAUCGUCCUACAGCCGUUCAUCUUCGAUUCGAACGAGAAGAACAAGCACAAGUUCAUGGUGCAGUCGAUGGUGAAGCCGGACGAUGAGGACAUCAACCUGGAGGACCUCUGGAAGAAGUACCCGGAGAAGCUGAUGGACUCGAAGCUGCGGUGCGUGUUCGAAUGCCCGCUGGACAGCAACCAGCCGGCCCAGGCGACGGACGGAUCGAAUGCUGCUGCUGCCGCCGCACCCAACAGUAAACAACCGAACGCUGCGGCAGGCAACGAAGGCAAUGCACAGUUCUCAAACGCACAGUUUAACGCGAUGAGCAACGAUGACGAGCUGCAGUCGGAGGCGGCCCUGCUGAAGGAGAUCAAGAAGCUGCGGGACAACGAAAGCGUUUUGCGCCAGGAAAAUUUGCAGCUACGGGAACAAAUUGUACAGCUCCACAUGGAAGCGGAAGGGCGAGCCAAAGAGCAGUCGUCGCCGGCCGGCGCUACUGCCGCCGCCAAAUCGGUCCCGGUCCAGUCGGUGCCCGUGCACUAUCAGAAUCCGUACUCGCCACCGCCGCCCCAGCUCGGCCGCAUUCCGUCGUUGGACAGCUGGUACGCGCUGGCCUUUGCCAUCUUCAUAUGCUUCGUCGGCGUGCUGAUCGGCAAGAGCAUGGUCAGCGAGAGCAGCAAAUAAAGUUUAAUUUAACGAAGGGGAAUGUGGGUGGGUACUGCGGGCCCCCGGGUAACGAGCGAGCGAGAUGUAAUGGCCCCGCGGUGUUCCGGGUGGGUGGGUGGGUGGUGGUGAUGCGGUUUUGGAGAUAGAAAGUGGAAAGUGGAAGAAUGGAGUCAACAGCAGCAACACAUGAGAAGCGGACGCGCAAACACGGAGCAAAGGGAGGGGGGGGGGGGAGAGCAGGAGCAGGAGCCACCGGAGCGUUGUCAGGCGAGGCGCCAAGCGCGCACUUUGAGAAAGCCCACGUCUCAACAGUGUUUAAUCCUGCCGCGAGCGGCCGCGCGCCCCUGCUCCGAGUGGAUGCAAUUUGGGUUCGAUUUUCGAUUUUCAAAACACUGUAAAACACGCGGCAAACAAGCCAAGAGAAGAGGUAAAACAAAACAAAAAAAAACAUGUGUACAGCAAACGCUCGCGCGCGCCAUUUGUGUAGUAGAGUAACUGUGCAGCGAAUAACCACGCGUGAGAAUGAGAGCAGCAAACAAAUACGCGCGACCCAACAGAAAAAGACACACACGCAACAUACUGCAGCCACAGACAAAUCCACGCAUCCUACACGUACAUACAUUAACAUGAACACAAACGCAACGAUCACGGUUUGCGGGAGGAGUGCGCGAUCAUACUAUAAUGGUGUGAAGGGAAGGAGAUGGGAAUUUAAAAUGGGUACGCGGCCAACGCUGCCCGUUUCCUUUUUGUUGUUUAUUUGUUUUCCAUAUAAGAACGUAACACGAUUAUUAAAAAAAAGUGGGGGUACGGGAAGGGCGUUAAAGAGCCGUGGAGGAUGGGGAAGAGCGUCGUCGUGUCGCUAAACAAUCCUGGGAAGGAGGCACCAGUAGGGAAGGAGAAAGGAUGGAUACACUGGAUCAGGGCUCGGUGAUAGUUUUGUGUGUUCCGCGAACAGCAGAGAAAGGUGGACGAAGCAGCGGUGGUGGGGAAAAUACGGGAAAAUUCGAAUGCGAUGCGAAAGAGCUGACAGGAAGCAGGCAAGCAUGUGAGGUACACUACGCGCGAAAACUACGACGCCACAAACACACACACACACACUCUCUCUCUCCUUUAGCAUCAAAGUCGCGAAAUUGGCAAGAUCCAUUAAGCUAGCAAAGUAAACAAGUUAUGCACCCAUAGCAGAAGAAAACGAAACAAAAACAACACACACAAACAAAGACACACAGAUACACAGGACAAGUGCAAACAGAGACUCUACACUCAUAUAUUUCGUGUUGGGAAGGAAAUUUGGAAUUUGGUAGCAAAAAAAAGAAGAAAAAAAAACAUGAUACACAAACACACACACACACCAGCUUAAAUGCAGCUUAUUAUAAUAUAACAUGCCUAAACAUUAACUUAAAAGAAAGAACUAAUCCGAAACAGAAAAUUGUGCAAAAGAGCAAAAAACGGCAACACAACAAAAACACACGGGAAAUCAUAAGAAGAUCAGCAACUGUCCUGACAAAAACACUUAGGAGCAGAAGAAGAAGCAGAACAAAAAAGAAAAAAGUAUAUGAAAAUAGCAGGUAGCAAGCAGGGAAGCAAGUAGAGACUCGAGAGUAAGAGAGAAAUAGGGCAGCAGAUGAAAGGUGACCAGGAGAAAACCCAUGCACGAUUAAUAGCGAAAGCGAAAGCACGGGGUGAGCAAGAUGGUGGUAAUGGAUACUGAUGGGAAUGGAGGGCUGAUGAGGCCGGAUGAUGAUGAUGAGCGAUGAUCGAUGAUGAUGAUGAUAUAAACGCAAAUAAACGUAGGUGUUGAAGCAUCCUAGAAAUGCAUAAACAAAUUGGGCAAAAUUUAACAAAAAAAAAAAUAUGCGCAAAAACUCAGCAGCAACGCGCGCACGGCGUAAUGUAGAAAAGCAAUCAAGCGGGAUUUAUGUUAGCCCUAUAUUAGUUUACUCUAAGUUGUGGUGAAUUUUUGUUUUACCUAAGCCCUCUUUCUUAACUAUUAUGUACGCUUCUUCACGUUUCGCGCUUUCCUUUGCCCUUGUUCCAUCUUGUUACGAAUGUUACCCUGUUUAUCUCUCUCUCUCUUCUUUUUUUAUCUCUCUCUUUACUAUUAUUGUACGCAUUGGUUUGUACGCAGGCGGGGGCAGCAAGGGGCGGUCCUGAAGGACAAAACCGCAUCCUUGUGCGCGCCGCUCCUGUUUCGUAUUUCGCAUGUGAAAGAAAUGUACAAACUUCAAAAUCUACCAAAUGAAUUGAAUUAUCGUCCCAAUAAACGUUACAUUACAACAAACAAACAAACAACUCGCCUCCAUGAGACUAUCUUGGUCUGUUUUGUUCUGGUUUGCGGUUUUUGCAGGGUGAGAGCUAAAAGAAUUGGAAGAAAAAGGAAAGGAACAUAAACGAUCGUUUCGGAGUAAGACGGUGUAAUGCAUUUCUCCCCGGGGUCGAGCGGGAAUGAAAGGUGAAUGAAAAAUAAUUUUAAAACAACACACACACACACAUACACAAAAUAGGACAAUUUAUAGUUGUUCAUGGGCCCUCAAUGGGCUCGAUGUUUUGCUUUAAGCCUCGUUUUUGUACGCAAUAUGUAGCUACACUUACGCUUUAUUUUAGGCACUGGAAAGAAACGUUACCAUGGAAUGCUGAGCAGAAACCGGGCCGUAUUCAAAUAGCAAUGAGAGCAAACGAAAACGGUGUUUCGAUCCGUCACAUGCUGGCUAGAGUAGAUUGCACGGCGCGAAGGAGCCAAGCGUGGAAGGAAAGGACGAGGUUGAACGAGAGCAGACUACAUGAAGACACGAGGUGUGGCGCAUGAACACAAUCAGUAAAAUCGGGGCGAAACCGUAACCGGCGCUGCAUUAUUCAGCCCGCCGUAGUGUGCAGAAUAGAGGGAAAGGUUGCAGGCGAUAGCAAAACUAAUAACGGCCGGGAGGAGAAAAAAGGAGUAGAAAAUGAAAAAAAUAAAUAAAUUAUGCAAAACACGACAUUGAUUGUUGGUUUGCUAAACGCGGGUAAAAACGAACACGCAAAUCCUAAGAGAGAGAGAGAGAGAGAGAGAGAGAGAGAGAGAGAGAGAGAGAGAACGAAAAAAGAAAACAUUCAGCAGAGCAUUAGCUCCAGUAAUAUCGGACAAAAGUGUAAACAUUGGUUAAACAAAAACCACCAAACCAAGCAAAAAGGAAGGGUAAAUAUAGUAACCGAAACAAAAUGGACAACAAAUAUUCACAAGCAGUUUAGGUGUGGAGGAGGGCCUUCAAAAACAAUCUUUAUCAUUGCUGUUUCUGUAAAACAUACUGACAUUUAAAACUGCAAAAUAAAACCCAAAACAUA